AUUUUGCUAUUCAGGUGAGUGAAAAAUUUGCCGGAUUACUCAUAAGAGAAAGACAAUUUAAAUUUAAAUUUAAAAGAAAUGAUGACUAAAGGAGAGUACGGCGGUCUGGUCAGACGUGAUGGGGGCGUGAGGAUUAUAAGCUUAUUGGUGGUCAUCGCGGGAUGUUUGGGCCCUUAGUAAGCGAGCUAUUAAAUUCAGCUGGCUCACAUCGGUAUAUAGAUACAGGUAUACUUAUCACGUGUGAUCAUGAUCAAUUAUGUUUGGAUUUUAUACGGCAAGAUUCGUACACGGUGUAAGCGCAAGAUAAAAGUGAGGGAGGAUCGCCGAUAGAGUGGAGGGAGAAGCCUUCAACGCUCUUGGAGUAUAUAUGCGUGAAGCAACUAGCUGAAUGGUACAGUUCAACAAGAGAUAAAAAGGACAGGACCGAGUUUUGCUUCAUUUAUUGAUAAUUGAUCUAUUUUUUAUUUUUCAAUCUAUAAAACUGCCGCUUGACGUUUAUAUUUUCGCAAUAAAGUUUCCGGAAUCGUUUCCAGUGACUGUGGUCAGAAUUUUUAGUUUUUUUCAAUAAAAACUUUUUUCCCCAGUGGACUUUUUAAGAGGAACUGUUUUUAUUUUCUAAAUAAAACAUGACGAGUUUCAACAAAUUAUGUUUCUUCAAGACGGUUAUCGUGGUGAUUGUUAUUUGUACGAUUGUCAUUGACGUACAAGCAAGAUCUAUUGGAGGAGUUCUUAGCCGACGUAAACGUGUAUCAGAUCAACGUUUAGCAGAACUAGAAACUCUGAUGGCUCUAGCUCGUAUGAGAGGGAAGCUAGUGACCGUCCCCGUAGGAUUUGGUCGAGUGGAUCCAGCUAAAAUUGGUCGGAGACGUAGAUCGAGCAUCGAGUACAACUUGCAAAAAUUACAACGUAUUUUACAGACUGUUGUCAAUGAUUCGGAAUCUGGUAGCGAAGAGAACGAUGACAUUUCUUCCUCACUGCAAUUCGGCGAUCCGCAUGAUGACAUAGAAGAUCAAUUAACUUAAUUAACAGUUAAAUCAAGUACAUCAUUAAUAAUUAAUGAUGUGUAAAAAUAAUCAAACAAAAAAGGUGCAAAUAUUAACUGAUAAGCAGGAAUAAUUUAGUCUUUCCAGCCUAAACAGUAUUAACGGUCAAUUACCGUCUUCUGUACUUAUUAAUUUUAAUUAUAAUUAUAAUUUAUAAUUAGGUAGGUUUUUAAACUGAGGCUUAGUAUUUUAACGAAUUACCUCGUACUUAUCAAUUCCAUUUGACUUAUAAUUAUUUAUUUCAUGCCAUUUUAUUUAUUG